CUCUUCACGGGCCGUUGAAUGAGUUGACCGCUUCCGUCGCUGCUACCCAAAAAAGUUUUGACAUCAAACCGAAAUCGUUUGCUGCUUGUUUCAUUACGGUUUCCUCUCCAGCUGCUUAGCGUUUGUUAUUGGCCCUUCGCAAAGGAGUGUGUGGUCACUUCAAUGAUCGCUUUCAGUUCUCUUCAGGUAGAUUAACAUUUGCUCGCGACGUCAUUUCGACGUACGAAGUUGUGACGCUAUACACAGAGUGUUUGUUAUUCGUGCGUAUGAUAUGUGGGAAUUUUUUCAUGACGUGUUUCUGAGGUGUGUCAUCAAUUGAUGUUUAUUCUAGCUGCACACUUCCAUAGAAUCAAGUCUGUAUUUGAAGCUGCGUCUGGUUAAGAGUUCGUCUGCAAAAAAAGGUCUGAGAUAACUAGUGCAAUCUUUUUAAUUUCACAAAAGAAACAAGCAAGGUGUUUCAAAAAGAUGUAAAAACCAUUCAUUCGGUUUUCUGUUUCUGUCAAAUACUUCUGAUAUUUUGCUGUAAAUUACGCCAUUGGAUAUUCUAGUCUUUUUGUUUAUCCCAGCAUUAUGCCGUUAUUUAGCGCCAAGAAAAAGAAAGAAGAUUUCAGGAAUAAUCACACGAAUGGCACGAAUUCCUGUACUGCUCCGAGUUCUCCUGGAACUCCAGUACGUUCGAACACACCCAACAAUCUUCAUCAGAACGGACAAGUCAGUCCGGUCAAUGCGGAGCAAGUACGAGAACUUCCCGUGCAUAAACCGAAAUUAGUUUUCCAUUGCCAACAAGCACAGGGGAGCCCCACAGGAAUUAUAUCCGGUUUCACGAAUAUCAAAGAAUUGUACCAAAAGAUAUCCGAGUGCUACGACUUUCCUGUCUCAGAUAUCCUUUUCUGUACCUUGAACACCCACAAAGUGGAUAUGUCAAAGUUAUUAGGAGGUCAAAUAGGUUUGGAUGAUUUCAUCUUUGUACAUCGCAAAGGCCAAGCAAAAGAAGUCGAAAUCACAAAGAAUGAAGAUGCAUUGGGGCUUACUAUCACAGACAAUGGUGCUGGAUAUGCCUUUAUAAAACGAGUGAAAGAAGGCAGCCUAAUACAUGGACUAGGAUACAUACAGGUUGGUGAUCAUAUUGAAAAAAUUAAUGACGUGUCAAUGGUUGGCUGUCGGCACUUCGAAGUUGCUAAACAACUGAAGGACAUACCCAAGGGAUACGUUUUCACUCUCAGGUUAAUUGAACCGUUGAGAGCUGGUUUCUCUCAUAUUGGACCCCGAAGUGGAACGGUGUCUGGAGGCAGCAAUAAAAAAGGGAAUUUAGGCUCUGGAAAAGAAACACUUCGCUUACGAGCAAAAGGACCAGCAACGAUUGAAAAAGCACCAACUGAUGUUGUGCAAGCAGCGGUGGAGAAAAUCAAUAGUCUCUUGGAAUCUUUUAUGGGUAUUAAUGACUCUGAACUUGCAACACAGAUAUGGGACCUUGGACAUGACAAGGCGAAUCCUCAUGAUUUUGUGACAGCCAUAGAUAGUUCAGAUCUUGAAGCAUUUGGAUUCACAGAUGAUUUUAUAUUUGAUCUGUGGGGCGCUAUUAGUGAUGCAAAAACAGGACGUCUGAAGAAAGAUACUCAUAGGACACCGAUGUGAAUUCAUUUUUAUGGCUUUGAUGUCAUUCUUUUAAUGUGAACUACAAAACUAUUUUAUAUCCAGGAAAUUUCACUAAAUUUAAAUGAUCUAAUCAAUGAUGCCAUUGUAAAACUUGGUUUCAUUUAUAUAGAAUGUUAGUGGCAUUAAUGGGUAUAUUAUAUUCAUAUGUCUUUUUAUUUGUUCUGAAUUUGCAUUGUAAAAUUUUAUCUAUCAAGUAUACAAGAAUAUGAUUUUAAUGAAAUGAAAGCUAUUUUGUUAAAACAAAUUUUCAAAUAAGCUGUAAUAUUUUAAACUCGAAUUAUGCAAAACUUGUAUUACAUUGAGCAUACUGCAGUGCUUUUAUGUUGCCAUCUCAGUUAUAGAAAAGCUGAUAUCAUAGUGCCUCAUGUACAAUUUAGCUCUAUGUAAAACAGUUUAUAUCAUACAAGCAAAUAUGCAGCCAUUAUUAUGGCUUGCUUUACUGUUUUACUUUAUAUAAAAUUUAUCAAGGUUCCUUGCAGUAUGUUCCUUUUCUUUAUGCCUGCACCAUUUAUUAAAAUGUAAAUACUUUGUAAAUUUGGCGCUUCGAAUAAAAGAAAAUUAUUGAAUUUAACA